AUGAAUCCGGCUAAAGAGUUAUUGAAUACAUCGUUGCUUCUCUCUCUACUUGUUUUCCGAUUUUGCAUUUCCCUUGACACCAUUUCCGACAUUUCCCCAAACCAGCCCGUUAAAGACGGUGACAUCCUGGUUUCGAAAGGAAAAACCUUCGCACUUGGGUUUUUCAGCCCAGGAAACUCUGGCCGCCGCUACGUCGGAAUAUGGUAUAACAAAGUUCCUCGACAAACCGUUGUGUGGGUGGCAAACAGAGACAUCCCUCUCAAUGACACCUCCGGAGUCCUCUCCAUCAACGGCCAUGGAAACCUCGUCCUUAACAGCCAAAACCGAAGCACCCCAAUCUGGUCUACAAACGCUUCAAUCUCAACCACAAACAAUUCUUUGGCUCAGCUCUUAGAUUCUGGGAAUCUUGUUUUGGUUCUACGAGACAGCCAAAGGGUUACAUGGCAGAGCUUCGACUAUCCCAGCAAUACUAUGCUUCCGUUGAUGAAACUUGGGCUGGACCGGCGGACCGGGCUCAGCCGAUACCUAACAUCUUGGAAGUCCGAAGAUGACCCGGGAACCGGAAGCUUCUCAUUGGGGAUUGACCCAAUUGGGUACCCACAAUUUUUGUUAAAUAAGGGCGCAACUCCAUGGUGGCGGGCCGGACCUUGGACUGGCGAAAGAUUUAACGGUCUACCUGAAAUGAAUCAUAAUCCUAUUAUCAAAGGCAGUUACGUGAAUAAUCAAGAUGAGGUCACGCUUAUGUAUAAUGUAACUGACCCUGGAGUUUUUACUAGACUGGUGUUGAAUGAAUCAGGAACCGUUGAUCGAUCCACGUGGGUUGAGGCAAGAUGGUUCGUGGUUUGGUCUGAUCCGAAAGAGCCGUGCGAUAUGUACAAAGAGUGCGGUCCAAAUAGUUAUUGCGACCCGUACAAUCCAGACAAGUUCCAGUGCACAUGCUUACCUGGGUUUGAACCCAAUUCGACCCGUAGACCGUUAAAUCUUUCGCCGGUCCAAGGUCCGGCCCGCCACCAUGGAGUUGCGCCCUUGUUUAGGACAAAUUGUGGGUACCCAAUUGGGUCAAUCCCCAAUGAGAAGCUUCCGGUUCCCGGGUCAUCUUCGGACUUCCAAGAUGUUAGACCAAAUUGGGGUGCCUCGGUUUUGGCUGUUAAGGACGAGGUUUCCAUGGCCGUUGAUGGAGAGGACUCCGGAGGUGUCAUUGAGAGGGAUGUCUCUGUUUGCCACCCACACAACAGUUUGUUGAGGAACUUUGUUAUACCAUAUUCCGACGUAGCGGCGGCCAGAGUUUCCCGGGCUGAAAAACCCAAGUGCGAAGGUUUUUCCUUUCGAAACCAGGAUGUCACCGUCUUUAACGGGCUGGUUUGGGGAAAUGGUGUCAAGGGAAAUGCAAAAUCGGAAAACAAGUAG